CAGUAGUUGAUGAUUGCAGGAGGGGUUGAUCACUCAGUCUCUUAGAGCUCUGGGACUGAAUUAGGACAAGUUGAAGACGUUGUUCACUUGUAAACAUGGGUGAACAGCCUGUUUUUCUGGGGCCUGAUGUAGUGGAAAAGUACUUGGACUACCCAACUCUGAUCCCUCUGCUGGAGAAGGCACUGGUGAACUUUUCUAGCGGCAGUGAAGGAGGUGUUAUACAGCCAAUCCGGACCAUUGUGCCAGUUGCAAAGCACAGUGGGUUUUUAGGAGUCAUGCCUGCUUACAGCACAGUGGAUGAUGCCCUAACAACCAAGGUCGUAACAUUUUAUGAGAAUAAAACCGAAUCUGAAGUUCCAUCUCACCAGGCAACUGUUCUGUUAUUUGAACCAUCAAAUGGGAGUCUGAAGGCAGUAAUCAAUGGAAAAGUGAUCACAGAUAAAAGAACAGCAGCAGUUUCUGCAAUUGCUACGAAGCUGCUGAUGCCUUCGCCUGCUGAAGUGCUCUGCAUUCUGGGCUCUGGAGCUCAAGCACAUAGUCAUUACCAAGCCUUUACACAGCAGUUUUCUUUCAAAGAGGUCAAGAUUUGGAGCCGCACAAGAGAAAAAGCUGAAAAAUUUGCAAAUGCUGUGGAAGGAAACAUAUGCGUGUGUUCAACCCCGCAAGAAGCAGUGACGGGCGCUGAUGUGAUUGUCACAGCUACGAUGUCUACUGAGCCUUUGUUGUAUGGUGACUGGGUCAAGCCAGGCGCGCAUAUCAAUGCACUCGGGGCUUGUAGGCCUGACUGGAGGGAACUGGAUGACACUCUCAUGAGGAACUCAGUGCUUUAUGUGGACACCAAGGAAGCUGCUCAGAAUGAGUCUGGAGAUAUAGUCCUAUCUGGGGCAUCUGUUUAUGCUGAAAUUGGUGAAGUACUGAAAGGGACCAAACCUGCUCUGGCAGAGAAAACAACAGUUUUUAAGUCAGUAGAUCUAUUAUCUCUCCCAGAGUGA